AUGGCCGUCGCCUGUAUAACACCGCGCGAUUUGGAGGAUGCCGACUCCUGGCACGUUAAGCUCAAGGAUGCCAAGAGGUUAGCCGAUGUGGUGACGAUUUGUAUGGAGAUUUGCGCAAAAUAUGAACCGCAAUUGUAUCCACUUCGAGAGAAAGGAACGUAUAACAUCCUGAAGGGUCUCCUGUGGGCCGAAGAUGUUCCACACACGCACCGGAAGCAUAUCUCCAAAGCGUUCUUCAGCUUGACUAAAUUCGCUAGCAAUCACGGCACAAUGAUGCGAGACAAAGCCGCUGCACUGGGUGCAAAUGCGGAGGCUGUAGAACUUACGGAUGAAGAACUGACUAUCGUGUUGUACGGUAUGAUGCACUCCAAGUUUCUGAAACGGUUCGAAGAUCAUUCCGACUUAGCUUACGUGCCGUACCAGCCGAAAUGUAUGUUCCGGGCAGAAGCCAGCGGUUACACGCGCUGGUUCCACACUCUCGCGGAGUGCAUGGUAAUGGUGCUUGAACAACCGGAAAGCCUACCACGAAAAUUUGAUUAUUCUCGGGAUUAUAAUCACAUUUGGAGAGUGGCGCUCGUUAACCUUGAGUCACCAUAUCAUGGGGUACGCGAGGUCAUGCUCCGACUGCUGAAGCAACUCGUAGCCCGCUUUCCCCUGAUGCUGGUGGAAAUUGAGGUAUGGCACUGGCUGGACCGAAACAAGUACCAUCUGCUGGCGUUACUUCUUCGCGAGAGUCCCUACAAGGAAGAUUUGAAAGGUAGUGUGGCGUUCAGCGAGCUGGACAAUGCGCUCGAGCAGUCGCUCCGCUAUAAGCAUCUGGUUAGCGGAGGCCAGGCGCUGCUGCGUGCAUUGUCCGGCGAGCAGAUGGACACUGUGUCAUGGUUGGUGGCUUGGUUGGCAAGACUUGUCCGGUCUUGUGACAUCGAACUGCUGCGCCGCAUGGCCAAAUACUGGUUCACCAGUCUGUCACCGAAAUGCCAUAGCGAGAUUUUCAAUCAACUCCAGCUUCACACGCUGCCACCGGAUGAACACCAAUUUCCGGCGUACCUGAACACAGGCGAGCACGAUAGACUGUUCCUGCUAACGAAUCUCUUCAAGCGCGAGUUUCACAAACAGUACGCCCACGUGGAGCAACUGCUGCAGAUGCUGUGCCGGCUGGCUUACAACGAGCGGCCCCGGUCGACGGUGUCGUUGGAGCUGCUCAUCAAAACGCUCACGUAUCAUAUCGCCAACUGGCGCUGGGAACCGGCCAAUAAGCGCCGGCUGCUCGACAAUCUGCAGCGCUUCGUGUUGGAAGCAAUCGAGAGACCCCGCAGUAUGGCACUGUGCAACACGGUCGUGGAGCAGUGCCGUUGUUUGGUCGAGAAGAGCACCGAUUCUACCAACGACAUUCUGGUGCAACUCCUGUACGGCAUGUACGAACGUUACUUGCGCCCGAGCACAGGCCAACAGUCGCGCUUCUCCUACCAGCAAACCAUCACGGCGGUACGCCUGUUCAAUCUGCUCGUCGGCCAGUGCUUCGAGUUUCCGCCGGCCCACCGUUAUCAGCUAACGCCGCGUCCGGCAGCCCAAUACGGUCCCUGGCUCGAGCAUCUGCCCUCCACCAUCAGCUCCGAUCCCGCGAGCCGGCUGGUGGAAUUCCGCGAUGAGGUCUUCUCGCUCGACUAUCUCCUGCACAGCGAGUACGACGACGUAUGCUUCGCGGUGGCGGGCAUGCUCUUCAACCAGCCGCGCGCCUUCUCCCUCGAUGGGAGCCUUCUGGGGCGGCUUACGCACAUCCACGCACACCCUUCGGCCGACCUCUACCCGGCCUUGCUUGCCGAGGCGGAACGCUGGGUGCAAAAGGCGAUCGAAUCCGUCCACCUGGAUCUGUUCGCACUAGCCACGGAAGACGGCUCACAACUGCACCACGCCGUCGACCGUGCUACUCAGGUGUGCUUUGGCAUUCCGGAGCUGCUGGACACCGGCGUCGACGCGAUCGAGCCGUUCCGAUGCGUGGCCCGGGCGGUCGGCUCGGUGGUGGGGUCCGUGCUGAGCUUGCUGAACGUUGCGCGACCCAUCGUGCUCGGAGAGGUGACCGAAUCGCCACUGAUGGCAGGGACGAGCUUCGAAAUCAUGGAGUGCAGCAUGCAGCUACUGCUGGAUCGAUCCCCCGAAUGGGUCCGCAUGCUAGCGAGCCGAGACUCGCCGGUCAGUUCGGUCGAAAUUGCGCUGGCCAAGCGCUCGAUGCAGGCCGAACUAUGGAAGUCGCUACGCGCGGUGGCGACUUUUACGGAAAAGUACGCGAUUUGGCUGCUGGAUCACUACGACCAGAAUCCGGAGGAGGUCGACCAGGAGCUGGACUGCUGUAUGAAUCGGUUCGGAAACAUCCUGCUUAACUGUUGCCAUCGAGGUGCGAUCGAAUCGUCCGCUAGUUGUCUGACAAGGGUGGUGCGACGCAUCAUGCGGUACAAGGCCCAAACGUGCAGUCGUCUCGUGCCGGCCGCUGCGGCGGUACAAACGAUCGGACAUGUCGAGAAGCUGUUCCACAAGACGCUAGCAAUGGAACCGGCUCAACGGAGCGACUUCCGGCGUGCCCGCGGAUACCUCUUCCUGCUGCAUAGUAUCAUGCAGGCGGAGGUGGAAGCCGGCGUCGAGGCUAAUUCCCUGCUGUGUCACUACCUUCGACGGCACGUAAUGCUGAGCGAGCGAGCAGCCGCGGAGCCGGUGGAUCCGACGCUGCAUCCGAUUGGCGUGCUGGAGCUGCACCAGCUGAACCUGCUGAUGAAGACGGCCUCGAUGAAGGAGACGAUGCUGCCGUACGUCGAUCAGUUGACGGUGGUGGCGUUCGAGGCGUUCCGGCGCCCAGACUGGCCGGUGCGCAACGCCGCCCUGCAGCUCUACACGUCCUGCACGACGAAGCUGGCCGGUCAGCAGCAGCAGUGCGUCGACCCGAACUGUGACUGGCCACCAGCUUACGUGUCGCUAGAUGAGGUGAUAUCCAAGCUUCCGCUCACCGUGGCCUACAUCCAGCGAGCGCUGGACGGGGCUACAACCGUCGGAGCUUCUCGCUGCUCGACUUCUUUCCUGUUGCUGCUGCUCGAGUUUCUCGCCCGCUUCGAGUACCGUGGGUACGACUGGCUGGAUGGAAUGUGGUACCUGACCGUGGAAAACUUCCAGGCCUGCGUGUGGGACCUGCUGAGCCACGAACACGAUCUCGUUCGCCGGCAGGCGGCCCGUUGCUACGCCCAGCUUAUAUGCUUCAAACUACAACCCGACCCAUCCGACGAAAUCUUCCUCGCCGAGGUCGACAGGCGGCUACGCGACCUCUUCACUGAUGCGCUCUGCCACAAUCGCCGGCAUGGUCUCUGCCUGGCCCUCUACUUUCACGUGCGCCGGUACAUCACGCUACGACACUUCACCCACACCCGAGCGCACCGCGAGCAGUACACACUUUCAGCCAUCCGUUGUCUAGUGGCCAAGCGUCUUCCGCCCAAUCACGGGCCAUCAACGUCCUAUCGGUAUCGCACCACCCUGCUCGGCUUCCUGACCUACAUCGGAUUCAAGCGUACCGAUCCGCUUCUAUCGACACUGCUGCAGCACGAUGCCGCAGCACCGAACGACCUCGGCAGGGACACGUUUCUGAUGGCAUGGGAACGCCAGCCAGCCGAACAUGGCGAACAUGGGACUUCCUCCGUCGCAAUGCCGUACGAAAUCGAACUCGAGCUAGACCACGACCCAGAACAGGACGACUAG